AUGGAGGAAGCGGCGACUUUGAGGUCAACCAAUCAAAACCUCGUCCAUAGGCCCUCUGAGAAGGCCCGGGACCCCGUCGAGUCGAAGUGUGAUCGUGAGCCCCGAUUGAAGAGCCAGGAUUACAAAAAGCAAAAACGGAAGAAGUUCGAUAGCUACACCCCCCUGAACUCUUCCCUCUCCCGCAUCUUGCGGGAGAGAGCCUCCACCGACCUCAGGGACAAACCCCCACCACUACUCACGCGGGGAGAUAAACUGGAUUCCAAAAGGUUCUGCGAAUUCCAUGACAACCCCGGCCAUAACACGAACGAGUGCCUGAACCUGAAGGACAAAGUAGAAGAACUAGUCAGAAUCGGGAGACUGUCAAAGUACGUCGCUCUCUCCUCAGGCGACCUCCCUCGUCCACGUUCGCCACCGCCUAGAAGGUCCCCCACCCCACCUAGAGUCCGGGCCCGAACUCCGCCCAGGAACCAAGCCCGGACACCCCCUCGGGCGAGGAGCCCUCGACGUCGCAGAAGUCCCGACCGACGCAGGAGCCCCGAUCGUCGUAGAAGUCCAGAUCGACGCCGAUCUCCAGAUCGGCGGCGCCAAGAUGAAGUACGAAGUCGCCACGGGACUAACCUAGUCAGUGUCAGUUCCAUCGCUGGAGGAUGGGCCGCCGGCGGACCAUCAAACAACAGUCGGAAGAGGAGUACUCGAGUCAUCAUGUCAGCCGCUGGACGGCCUCACCCCAGCUCCCUCCGCCCACCGCAGCAGAAGGUUUCCAUCACCUUCUCGGAAGACGACUACGGCACGGACACCGGCGAGGAGGACGAUCCGAUUGUCGUGGAAGCCCUCAUCGCAAACGGUAAGGUACGACGGGUUCUCAUCGACACAGGUAGUUCCGCUGACAUUAUGUUUUAUGAUGCUUAUAAAACCCUAGGCUUAUCUGUGAAAGACCUGAUCCCCUAUGACCACGACUUGAUCGGGUUCACUGGGGACAGAGUUCUGCCCUUAGGAUAUUUUGAUACAUACCUCUCCCUAGGAGACCAUGAUGUUUGCAGGACUGUAAAGGCCCGGUUCUUGGUGGUGAAAUGCCCAACAGCGUACAACGCCAUCAUCGGUAGACCGAGCCUCAAUGUUUACCGGGCCAUCGUCUCCACCCACCACCUGAUGUUGAAGUACCCAUGGGCUGGAAGGGCAGUUUCCGUACGCGGAAACCUAACCAUGUCCAGGGGGUGUUUUAACUCCAGCUGCAGGAUGGCACGAGAGGAUCGCAAAAGAAAGAAGCCCGACCACGGGAAACGAGUCAAAAGCUUCCACCUCCGAGCAGGAGCAUGCUUGACCGACAUCGACCCGAGAGUGGACCAGUCCAGAGAUGACCAACGCCUUAAGCCUGAUGGGGAGGCCCGGUCUGUCCAGAUCGGCCAUAGCCCCAAGCAAGUCACGAAGCUGGCACGAGACCUCCCGCAGGACCUGUCGAACCGACUGGAAGACCUUCUGAAGAGUAACGGGCACUUAUUUGCCUGGUCAUCCGUGGAUAUGCCGGGCAUCGACCCAGCGUUCUGCAACCACAACCUAUCAGUAGACCGGAAAUUCAAGCCAGUGGCCCAGAAGAAGAGACAGAUGAGUGCAGAGAAGCAGGAAGCGAUCAAGGAACAGACAACCGAGCUUCUACGAGCCGGGAUGAUUCGCGAAGUCAAGUACACCACUUGGCUGUCGAACGUGGUCCUGGUUAGGAAAACUAAUGGGAAGUGGAGGAUGUGCGUUGACUACACGGACUUGAAUAAGGCCUGCCCGGAAGACCCCUUUCCCCUCCCCAACAUCGAUGCCAUGGUGGACAACUCCUCGGGAUACGAGUAUUUGUCCCUCAUGGACGCGUAUUCCGGGUACAACCAGAUUCCGAUGUGCAGAGAUGAUGAAGAAAAGACUGCUUUCAUAACCGAUCGAGGGACAUAUUGCUACACUAUGCUUCCGUUCGGCCUGAAAAAUGCAGUGGCCACCUACCAACGGAUGAUGACCAAGAUUUUCGGGGCACUUAUAGGGAAGUCAGUCGAAGUCUACAUCGAUGACAUUAUCGUAAAAACACCAAGGGGAGGCGACCACGCGGCCGAUCUCGCCGUAGUCUUUGAACAACUGAAGAAGCACAAUAUGCGCCUCAACGCCGAAAAAUGUACCUUCGGGGUCAAAAGCGGGAAGUUCCUAGGAUACAUGCUCACAAGUCGCGGGAUUGAACUAAACCCCGAGAAGUGCCAGGCCAUCGUAGACAUGAAAAGCCCCCGGACGGUCAAAGAAGUCCAGCAACUGGCAGGACGGAUGGCUGCAAUCGGAAGAUUUCUCCCCAAGGCCGCCCUACGAGCCCUACCUCUUUAUGCCCUACUAAAGAAGGGAGCGAACUUUGCUUGGUCAGAAGAGGCCGAGCAAGCCUUCUCCCGGCUGAAAGAGAUUCUCACCUCUCCACCGAUCCUGUCAAGUCCAAAACCGGGGGAGCCCCUGUACUUAUACUUAGCCGUUCGGGACAAGGCUGUGAGCUCCGUGCUGGUGAGAGAGGAGGCGGGAAUCCAGCUACCCGUCUACUUCGUCAGUAGUUCGCUUAAGGGUGCAGAACUCCGAUAUCAGAUGCUCGAGAAGGUGGCACUCGCCCUCCUGACCACUGCCAGGCGACUCAGAAGAUACUUCCAAUCCCAUAGCAUCAUAGUUUGCACAGACCAACCAGUCAGGCAAGUCCUACAUAAGCCGGAUUUAGCCGGACGAAUGGUGAGCUGGUCGAUCGAGUUGUCCGAGCAUGACAUUCAGUAUGAACCCAGACGCACGAUCAGGGCGCAGGUCCUAGCAGAUUUCCUUGUGGAACUCACGGGCGAUGAAGACCCCCCGGCGGAAAUCUCCUGGGUCAUCCAUGUCGACGGCUCAUGCAACAAAGAGGGGGGGCGCUGGGAUCGUCCUCCAAAGCAAUACAGGGAUGAUCGUAGAGCAGUCACUGCGCUUUAA